GCCUCUUUUCCCCCACCAUCGUCAGUCAGCCUCGCCAUCAACCUCCCGUCGUCCCGCAGCCAUGGCCAAGCCCCGGCUGAUUAUCCUCAUUCGCCAUGCCCAAUCCGAGGGCAAUAAGAACCGCGAGAUACAUCAGACCAUCCCCGACCACCGCGUCAAGCUCACCCCCGAAGGCUGGACCCAGGCCCACGAGGCCGGCCGCCGCCUGCGCAAGCUGCUCCGCCCCGACGACACCCUCCAGUUCUUCACCUCGCCCUACCGCCGCACGCGCGAGACCACCGAGGGCAUCCUCGCCACCCUGACGUCCGACGACCCCGAGCCCUCGCCCUACCGCCGCUCCAGCAUCAAGGUCUACGAGGAGCCGCGCCUGCGCGAGCAGGACUUUGGCAACUUCCAGCCCUGCAGCACCGAGAUGGAGCGCAUGUGGCAGGAGAGGGCCGACUACGGCCACUUCUUCUACCGCAUCCCCGACGGCGAGAGCGCCGCCGACGCCUACGACCGCAUCAGCGGCUUCAACGAGAGCCUGUGGCGCCAGUUUGGCGAAGACGACUUUCCCAGCGUCUGCGUCUUGGUCACCCACGGCCUCAUGUCCCGCGUCUUCCUCAUGAAGUGGUACCACUUCUCCGUCGAGUACUUUGAGGACCUCCGAAACAUCAACCACUGCGAGUUCCUCAUCAUGCGCAAGCAGGUCAACGGCAAGUACCACCUCGAGAACAAGCUGCGCACCUGGUCCGAGCUGCGGCGGGAGCGCGCCCAGGCCCAGGCCCUCAAGGACAAGGACAAGGACGCCGGCGACGACAAUAACAAGAACGCCGACGGCUCCGGCUCCGGCUCCAACAACAACAACAACAAGGACGACUUCAAGCUGCAGCACACGCAGAGCUUCGUCGCCGUCCGCAGGUGGGGAGGCUGCCCCAACGGCUGCAACCACACCGCCACCUACAAGCCCCGUCAGGACCUGGACCACGCGCGGCAGCGGCAGCAGCAGCAGGAGGACGAUAAGAUCGCCAACGUCAACGCCAACGGCGCCAGCAGCAGCACCAGCAACAACAACAACAACAACAACAACAACAGCACCUCGGCCACGAAUCUCGCCGCUAGGAGACAGCAGCGCCACGUGUCGAGCUCCGACGGCGAUGACGGCGACAACGAAAAUAACAACAGCAGCACGGACCCUUCCAAGCCCAAGAGCAUCAACAUCAACAACAACAAGAGGGUCAACGUCGAAGCCGCCCGCGCCUUUGACGACAUCGUCUCCUCCCCCGACGGCACCCCGUCCUUCAUCACCGCCGAGGACCGCAUCCGCCACAUAAAGGCCACCCACAUGCACGUCGGCCGCGACGCCGGCGGCACCUACUCGGGCCACGCCUCCCUCGCCGGCAGCGACACCGAGGCCUCCGAAGAAGAAGAAGAAGAAGGCGAGGCCGCCCGCCGCCAGCGCAUCGCCUCGUCGCUCGACUCGCGCAUCAAGUCCGGCACCGCGCAGGCGAACCGCCUCGGGGACGAGCCGGGCACGGACUGCAGCGCCCCGGAGCACGACGGCGACGAGGAAGACGAGGAGGAUCUGGACGAGGUGGAGAGGGAGGACAGGAGCGUCAGGGGGAGCAUCUAUUAA